AUGCUGGUGGUUAUAUUCCUCCUUUGGUACAUUGUCGCAUUUCAUGGUGCAGAGUUCACUCAACCACAAAAUAACAGGACUUUAGAGAAUCAUACGGCCAACUUAAAGAGAGGACUAGGGAAUCCACCGGGAGCUUUAGGCUCUCUAGACUGCAGUCUAGAUGAGCACCUUGCAGUGUCUUCAUUCACAUGCGAGGGAGUAGAGUACAAGAGAUUUAAUAUAGAGAAUUGCAAGCGUGUGCUAUACGAGACCAAAAAGAUAUUAGAGGUAGAGGAACUGGGAAUCGCCUUGACAUCUUUAGUAAAUGGGAAAAGGUACAUUGACAUAUUCGUCAAGGAAGAGGCUACAGAUACAGCUUGCAAGAGCUUUAAUGCGGACAACAUCACUGUACACAUUCAUACCAUAAGAGAUGAGAACUCAUCCAACGAGUCUCUCUGCGAACAUCUCUGGGUGGAGGAUGAACGUAGUGCAUUCAUAGAAGCUCCUCCGGAAGAAUUCAGAGACGCAAUUUCAGAUUUAAUUACGCUUGACAUUUCAAAACAUGACGACUCCGUCCAAGUCUUUACGAGAACACUCCUACAGGUAAAAAGACAUUUUUACUUGGUUUUUCAUCCGGCGGAAAUAUUUCAGUUCAAGCUGUACAAGAAUUUCACAAGCAUGCAGAGGAGGGAGCAAGACUGGUAG